UGUUAAUUACGUAUUGGGUUUUCGAACCCUAUAUUAUAUAUACAAACAAACAUAUUAUAAAGUUGUAGGUACUACUUGAGAAAUAAGGACUAGUACUAGCAGCAGCGCCAGCGAAGAGCGGACGAAGUCAAUUCUCUCUAUAUUUCUUUUCAUUUCAUAUGGCAAGUGUUGAAGAACAACCCAUCAAGCUUAAGCUCUACUCCUACUGGAGAAGCUCUUGCUCUUACCGUGUCAGAAUUGCCCUCAACUUGAAAGGCGUAAAUUAUGAGUAUAUACCCGUUAACCUUCUCAAAGGACAACAACACAGUCCUGAAUUUUUGAAGCUGAAUCCUAUUGGCUAUGUGCCUGUGCUGGUGGACGGUGACAUUGUUAUUUCAGACUCUUUUGCUAUCUUGCUGUAUUUGGAUGAGAAGUAUCCUCAGCAUCCACUGUUGCCUCGUGAUGUUCAGAGAAGAGCCAUCAAUUACCAGGCUGCAAAUAUUGUUUCCUCAAGCAUACAGCCCCUUCAGAAUCUAGAUGUGCUGAAAUUUAUAGGGGAAAAGAUCAGUCCAGAUGAGAAAAUUCCUUGGGUUCAGUAUCAUGUUCAAAAAGGAUUUGCAGCACUUGAGAAACUGUUGAAAGAUCAUGCUGGAAAAUAUGCGACUGGAGACGAAGUUUUCCUGGCAGAUUUGUUUCUAGCACCACAGAUUCAUGCAGCAGAAAGGUUCAAAGUUGACAUGACUCAGUUCCCUCUUCUAUUGAGGUUGUAUGAGGCAUACAAUGAGCUACCAGCAUUCCAGAAAGCUAUGCCACAAAAACAACCAGAUGCUCCUCCAUCUAUCACCAGCUAAAUCAAUAGUAGAUUUUGAAAUUAAAGAUCAACCGUCUCGAUCUCAAACAGCAUAGAGCACCGCGGUGGAGCUUGAAAUAAAGUCAUAGAAGUUCAAUGCAGUAAUAAUUAGUUUGAGGCUUGGGGUUUUGCCAGGAAGUAGUCACACAGUUACUUGCAUUGAAGAUUAAUGGCUUGGAAUGUGUGACCUUAAUUAUUCUGUUCUUAUGAACUCUGGUAAUUAGAUUAUCUUGGACAUGAAGGAGCUCUUUUUGAUGGUUUAAUUUCACUCAGUCGCCAUGAACUGAUAUAAGCGAUUAAAGGAACUCUGAUCUGAUUAUUCUGUUCUCA